GUGUGCGUGCGGCUGUGUUGCGUGCGGCCGUGUGCGCGUGGAUGUGUGCGCGCGUGUGUGUCAGCUGCCUCAUCUCGUGUUGAUGUCGACUGGCUGCCACAGGGCCUGACGGUCAAUAACGGAAUAAAACAAUCCUCCCACCCCCACGGAGUCCCCUUUCACCUUCGCCGUGACCCGUCCGGUCCGGUCCUGUGCGAAACGAUGAUCCAGCCUCGGCCGGACGAGUUCAAGCCGCCCCCGGAGUGCCCGGUUUUCGAGCCCAGCUGGGAAGAAUUUGCAGACCCGUACGCCUUCAUCAAUAAGAUCCGUCCCAUCGCCGAGAAAACGGGCAUUUGUAAAGUCCGGCCGCCCCAGGGUUGGCAGCCUCCAUUUGCUUGCGAUGUUGACAGACUUCACUUUGUUCCUCGGAUCCAGAGGCUCAAUGAAUUGGAGGCCCAGACUAGAGUCAAGCUCAACUUUUUGGACCAGAUUGCCAAAUUCUGGGAUUUGCAGGGAUGUUCCCUGAAGAUUCCCCACGUGGAGAGGAAGAUUUUGGAUUUAUACCAACUAAACAAGUUAGUAGCGGAGGAAGGCGGAUUUGACAUUGUCUGUCGGGACAGAAGAUGGACCAAGAUUGCAAUGCAGAUGGGCUUCGCCCCUGGUAAAGCUGUUGGCUCACACCUUCGAGGACAUUAUGAAAAAACCCUCUACCCCUACAAUCUCUUUCAAAGUGGCGCAAACCUGCUGACACCAGAGGCAGCUUCCAAACUGAUGUGUUUGGAGGUUGAUCCUGAGCUUGAAAAGUGUGUUCAAAAGGCAGUCCACCCAGAGGAGAGUGCAGAAAGUGUGGAUCAGGUCGACGACAAGGAGCCCAAACUGGAGGAGCCACUUCAGAGGACACCCCACCAGACGACUGAUUCUUGCCCCAGCGCUCGCAGAGGAAAACGCAUGAAGUAUGAGUCGGUCUGUGUGAAGACUGAACCAGGCGAGCCAGGUGAGAAUCGUCCGAACUUGAGAAGGAGGAUGGGCUCAUUCGUCGCCAAGCCAGAACCAGAGAAAGAGAUUCCCAUUCAAGUAAAACAGGAGCCAGUGGAAAUCAAGGAACCAGUAAUCGAGGAGGACAAAUUCAAGCAACGCUACAAGAAAUACAUCCCACAUGUUCCUCCAAAUCCAGUGGAUCUGGUCGUGUGUCUGGUUUGUGGCAGUGGGGGAGAUGAAGACCGCCUGUUGCUAUGCGAUGGUUGUGACGACAGCUACCAUACCUUCUGCCUCAUCCCCCCUCUUACUGACGUCCCCAGGGGAGACUGGAGGUGCCCCAAGUGUCUGGCUCAGGAAUGUAGCAAGCCUCAUGAAGCCUUUGGGUUUGAGCAGGCUUACCGAGACUACUCCCUGCGUGGUUUUGGGCAAAUGGCAGAUGCAUUCAAAUCAGAUUAUUUUAACAUGCCAGUUCAUAUGGUACCUACAGAGCUAGUGGAAAAAGAGUUUUGGCGCUUGGUGGGAGCCAUCGAGGAGGAUGUUACCGUUGAGUAUGGAGCAGAUAUUGCAUCAAAGGAGUUUGGGAGCGGAUUCCCCAUUCCUAAUGGGAAAUUUAAGGUUACUCCUGCAGAUGAGAAAUACCUCAAGUGCGGGUGGAACCUAAACAACAUGGCUAUGAUGAAUCCAUCCGUCCUCACACACGUGACAGCGGACAUCUGCGGAAUGACGUUGCCGUGGCUUUAUGUUGGCAUGUGCUUCUCAUCUUUCUGUUGGCACAUCGAGGACCACUGGAGCUACUCCAUCAACUACCUGCACUGGGGGGAACCCAAAACAUGGUACGGCGCUCCCGGAUUUGCUGCAGAGCAGCUAGAGGAGGUGAUGAAGAAAUUGGCCCCAGAGCUGUUUGAAUCUCAGCCUGACCUCUUGCACCAGCUGGUCACCAUCAUGAACCCCAAUACCCUAAUGUCCCACGGUGUUCCGAUUUACAGAACAAACCAGUGUGCUGGUGAGUUUGUUGUCACGUUUCCCAGAGCCUACCACAGUGGCUUCAAUCAAGGCUUCAACUUUGCAGAGGCAGUCAACUUUUGCACUGUUGACUGGAUGUCUCUCGGUAGGCAAUGUGUCAAUCACUAUCGCAUGCUACACCGGUACAAUGUCUUCUCCCACGACGAGAUGGUCUGCAACAUGGCAGCAAAAGCAGAGACCCUUGAUGUGGUCUUGGCAUCUGCAGUCCACAAAGACAUGGCCAUCAUGAUCCUGGAAGAGCAGGAACAAAGGGAAAAAGUUUCCAAAAUGGGGUUAGUCCAGUGGCAGGAGGCAAAAUACGAUCAUCUCCAAGAUGAUGAGCGACAGUGUGCCAAGUGCCGGACCACCUGUUACCUGUCUGCCAUCACCUGUCCCUGUAGCCCAGGAGUGUUGGUCUGUCUGCAUCACAUCAGCGACCUGUGCUCCUGCCCAGUCACCAACUACACACUGAAUUACAGAUACACACUGGAGGACCUGUUACCCAUGAUGAAUGCUUCGAAGCAGCGUGCUGAACAGUAUGAUGCAUGGGCCUCUCGUGUGUCAGAGACUCUGGAGGCUAAACUGGAAAAGAAGAAAGGCUUGCCAGUUUUUCGCUCUCUUCUUGCUGAAUCAGAGUCUGAACACUUCCCUGAAAACGACCUGCUGCGUCGGCUGCGUCUUGUCACCCAAGAUGCAGAGAAGUGCUCCUCAGUGGCGCAGCAGCUGUUGAACGGGAAAAGGCAGACGAGGUAUCAAUGUGGCAUCGGGAAAUCUCGAAGUCAGUUGACUGUGGAGGAGCUGAGUUCCUUUGUAAGGCAGCUGUAUAACCUCUCUUGCAGCCUCACUCAAGCCCCCUUGUUGAAGGAACUCUUGAACCGCAUCGAAGACUUCCAGCAGCACAGCGAGAAGGUCCUAGCCGACGAGGCUCCCGGCGUGGCUGAGAUCCAGAGCCUGUUAGAUGUCAGCUUUGAGUUUGAUGUGGACCUGCCCGAGCUGCCACGCUUAAGGGAGCGGCUAGAACAGGCCCGCUGGCUGGAGGGGGUGGAGCAAGCCAGCAUCCAGCCUGCAACCCUGACUUUGGAAACCAUGCGCAGGCUUAUUGACCAGGGCGUAGGCCUGGCGCCGCACUCGUCUGUGGAGAAAGCAAUGGCACACCUUCAAGAGCUUCUGACUGUGUCUGAGCACUGGGAGGACAAGGCGAGCAGUCUUCUCAAAACGAGACCACCUCACUCCAUUGAGACCCUGAGUGCAGCUGCUGAGGAAGUGUCUGGCAUCUCGUCUCACCUCCCGAACUGCCUCCUUCUCAAAGACACCAUCAGAAAAGCUCUUGAGUGGCUUCAAGAAGCUGAGGAGCUUCAGGCUAACGACUGCAUUUUAAUGGUGGACAACUUAUCGGAUAUGGUGCUACGAGGACAAUCCAUUCAAGUCCACCUGGAGCCGUUAGACAGACUGGAGUAUUUAAUGGCGGAAGUACAAGACUGGAAACAAUCUGCUGCUUCUAUUUUCCUUCAGAAGGACACAGCCUAUACCCUACUUAAGACCUUGUGUCCAAGAUGUGAGGUGGGACCUGAAGGUUCUCCCAAGCGGAUGGCCAAGAAAGGAAAGGAAUCACUAAAAAAUAACAAGAAGAAAACUCUGAGGCUCAACACUGUCAGUGAUGUGGAGAAAGCACUUUCAGAGGCCAAGGAUUCUACCUCUAUUAAUGCAACUCUGGAGGCUCUGCGGGUCAGGGAGAUGGAGGCCUUCUGUCAUCUGAGAGUCGCAAAUGAGUCAAAGCUCCUCCCCACUGCAGACUGCACAGAUUUGAAGGUAUGCGUCUGUCAGAAGGCGCUCAUGGGAGCGAUGCUGCAGUGCGAACUCUGCAGGGAUGCCUUCCACAGCGUGUGUGUCAGGGACCAAUCGGACCUCAACGAUAGGCCGCCAUGGCUGUGUCCCCAGUGUCAACGAUCCAGAAAACCUCCACUGAACAAAGUUCAACCUCUGCUAGCAUCCUUAAGGCGUAUCAGAGUGCGACUUCCGGAGGGGGACGCACUGCACCACCUGGUUGAGAGAACACUUAACUGGCAGCAUCGCGCACAGCAGAUUCUACAGUCUUGUCAUUUGACAGAACUGGAAAAUGUAACAGAAAAUCCUCCCACUCUGACUCGAUGUGCAUCAGACUCCACAGAGACUUACAGCAACACUCAGCAGGCACCUUGUUUGACUCCAGAGUGGAACAAGACAAAUCAUGCUCAGACUGUCUUCUAUACAGAGCAGAGAUGCAUUCCACUGCAGGGGUUGAAUCAGGACCUGGAGGAACUGAUGGUGGAAGGUCUCCUCCUGCAGGUGACACUGCCAGAAGUCCAGACCCUGUACCACGUUUUAUUGGACAGAGUCACGAGCCAGCAUGGAAACACAUGCAUGUCUCCAGCACGGGACGAUUGCACAGACUACGAUCAACAUGUACAGUUUCACGCUCAGGGAAAAAAACUCAACCAGAACACUCAAAUGAGGGAAGCUCUGAUGGCACCAGAGAAGAAAGCCAAAAGGCAUUUGGAGAGGGAACCUUUAAGCGGGGAGCGCAGGGAAAGGGACACAAAGCACUCUCACAAAAGACAGAAGAUGAAUAAAAAGGAAUUGCAGCACAGACCAGCCUCAAACUUGUCCUCGCCACGUUCUGAUAUCUCGCAGUCUGACGCGUCUGAUGAGGACAUGGCUGUGUGUCCCGCAGAGAGGUGUCAGCUCCCCGAGGGAGAUGAGGUGGACUGGGUCCAGUGUGAUGGCAGCUGCAACCAGUGGUUUCAUCAAGUGUGUGUUGGUGUCACAGCUGAAAUGGCGGAGAAGGAGGACUACAUUUGUGUCCGAUGUGCACUGAGCAACGCACACAUGAUGAAAUGAAGAGAUGUCCCACCCCACACCCUCUUGAAUGACACUUGUUGGGGUGCCACCAAUCUCGCCCUCACCCCAAUUUGUCCAACCCUUUUGUAAUAAUGGUGCUAUCUUCUCUUUCUCCUGUUGUUCAGAACUGUUUAUUUUAUUUUUAUUUUUUUUGGGUGGGGGGGGGGGGUUGUGCAUUUUUACAUGCUUAUUAUAUAUAUUUUCUUCUUCUUAUGAAUUGUUUGUGGCAGUCAAAAUGGAAAAAAAAUGAAAAAAAAACAGCAGGAUGUGAUGUGUACUGCAUGGGGUGCCAUUACUUCGGCACAAAAGGAUUCUUACUUCAAACACAACCAGUGAAGGUUAAAUGGUUGAUCAGGGGUUAAUAUUCAUUGCAUGCAGAGCAAAAUUUAAUGACAUUGGAGUCGAGGUUUUAUCCCCCACCCAUCCCUUUUUAAUCCAGUGUUUAGUACAUGUAUUUUAAUAUAAUUAUUGUCAUUUUUGUAGAAUAGUUUUAUUUAUCUGAGCAAUAAUUUCUGUCCAAAUUGACAAAUGGAUAUCCGGUGAGUUGUUGCUGCCAUAGCAAUGGUGUGAUGUACAGAGGUGGAUGGGUGGGAGCUGCAGUAGCAGGUUGAAAGAAAAGACUGCUCACAUGUACAAAUGGCAGCCUGUAACUUGGUAUAGGAUACUCAGUGUGGACUUGGCAUAGUUUAUAUUGUGGAAUAAAUUCAUUUUGGUCUAU